AUGGAAAGAUCCGGACGAGCCUUCUUUGACUGUGCAUCUGAGGCAGGGACCAGCGAUGAGCCGCAUAGCUUUGGGGUGUCGUCGACACCAACAGAGCUCGAGUACGACUUCUAUGACGCCCUUGACGUAUUUGCGGCUUCGGAAGCGUAUCAGGUCCCUUCUGCCACUAUCACUCACGUUGGGGUUCUGGGCGAGUUCACAAGAUUCCAUUUUGCACUCGGCAGCGGUCUCAGCUCGCAGGUUGUCCAGCAUGUUACAAACGAUGAGACAAACCAGAUACUGCCAGCGAAUACCGUAUUGGCCCUGAAGAUAUUCGUAUCUCGACCGGUAGUCGAUUCAAAUUCCGCCGCCAGGGCAUCUCAGAGUGACGUGUUUGCUACGAUCGUGAGAGAGAUCAAAGCGAUUGCCCACCCGCUGCUCCGCAGUCAUGAGAACAUUGCCCAGCUUCGCUUUAUUGCCUGGAACGAGGCCCAGCCGUUUCCGAUGCUGGCGAUGGAGCUAGGGAACUAUGGGACUCUGGACCAUGUCAUUCGAAGCCGUGGCAGUGACUCGUCAACUUUUUCAUCUCAUCAGAAACAACACAUUACUCUGGAUAUUGCCGUGGGGCUGCGGGAAAUUCACCGAGCGGGGUUCAUACACGGUGACCUCAAACCAGAAAACAUUAUUAUCAUGAACCACCCGGACCCAAACCGUGGAGUUAUCGCCAAGCUGCUAGACUUUGGCGGGAGCUCAGAUGAUAUCCAGGGCGGACCGACACAUUUUACUCCUUUAUGGUGCGCGCCUGAAGUCCAAGGACAAAAAUCGUUCAUAGAUUGGGAAAAGUGUGAUAUUUACUCCUAUGGACUCGUCAUUGCCAGCAUCUGGGGGCGUAAUACCACGGACCAGCUUUACGGCGUUCAGGGGUCGAGCACUCAACUACAAACCAGUGUCUUGUCGACGUUCGCUAGUACCAACCCACCGACUAGCAACUUUGACCUGAUGAUGCGAGUUAGGAAGAUGCAGACCUUGGAUUGGAAAGAUACCAAUAGUCUUAUAUCAGUUCUUAGGAGCCGACUCGUGGCCAAGGUCCAGUCGAAUGACUUGGAUGUUCCCCAACUAGUUGGCAUCAUUCUUUCGACAUUGCAUACAGAGCACAGCAUGCGGCCAACUACCCAAGAGAUUAUUGAAAUGUUGCAGCCAGUUUUUAAGCGCCUUAUUCGGAAGGUUCCAAUUAUUGCACUAGAUGAUGGAACUGAGAGUGAUGGUUACUCUAGUGGUGGCAAUAUUGGAGCAGAAGAAAACGAACAAAGUGAUAAUGAGGAAGACGAUGAGGAAUACGAUGAGGAAAACGAUGAGGAAGACGAUGAGGAAGAUGAUGAGGAAGAUGAUGAGGAAGAUGAUGAGAGAUACAAUGAGAGAGAAAAAAAUGAAGAGGCAUUCCCUAGAAGCAAAGGACAAGAGAAACAGACACCCAGUCUGUUGACAAAGCACUCUCUAUUUAGAGACUCAGAUCAGAGUGGUUCUGCUCCGGGAGACGAUUGCGGGGAAGAGAACCCAAGAACUGAUGCUGGUACCGAUACCGGCAAAGACAGUUUUCAAGCCUCAGACUUUCUUACUUGGACCCUUCCACGAGUCUUGGCUUGGCUUCACUCAAAAAGCUCACGUCAUAAAAAGCGCCGUAGACACGCGUAUCGACUAAAAUGCGUAGAGAAACCCGAAGGCAAACAGUCUCCGUCCGAUGACGAGCUGGCUGUCAGGAGGUGUCAGCCACGAAACGAAGGAGUUGAAGAAGAUCUAGAGCCUAGCGAAAGGAAUAUAUGCGACGAAAAACCAGAAUUCGGCCACAUUUUAGAGGAGAAGCUUGACGAGGAUGGAGAAAAAGUAAGACUCCAGCAAAGGACCAACAUUGUUAAGCGAACCAAAGAUGUGGACCAUUGGAAAAUCGCAGUUGAUGCAUCGUCAUGGUGGACAAACAGGUCUCGGAAUGAUCUUUUUUUUAUCUACCGGCAACAUCUUGCUGCUCUCGGAGAUAUUCCAGAUCCUGUGGAGUAUGUCCGAGGCCUUAAUAUUGAGGAUGUUUCUGUUUCCAUCCCGAAUGACCAGUUGCCUUUGGAGUUUCUUCACGAUCUGCGCCGGGCAACCAUGCAAUGGAUGUCAAAAGUUUGCCCUGGGGUUGGCCCUGGCGCCAUCCCGUUACAAUAUCAACGCAAGAGCCUACACGCAUUCAACCUCGCCAUGUCCAACAUAUCAGGGCUGGGGAUACCACGCAACAGAAAGCUCGGAGCGGCGUGGAUGGCUGUUGCGGCUUUACAAGGAUACGACAAAGCGAUUUCCUUAUGUCCCCAUAUGGUUUCAGAGACCGAACUCGGGACCUCAGUUCCUUCCAGACUUUUUCUGUGUCUAGAUGCACUUCGAGGGUUACGAGGCGCUGUUGACCGUCUUGCGCAGCACUGGCCAGCUCAUUGGGAAAUGGUUCAGAAACUUCGACGCCAGAGGCCUCACCUGUGUGAAAAAGACGGAGUAUUCUGUAUAUUCGAUUCCCAGAGAGCUGUGCUGCACUAUUAUGAGGAUUCCCCCAUCGCUCAAGACUUUUACGGGGGUCAAUUACCUACUGUGCGAAGAGCAAUGAUGGCUGGGACCGUUUCCGACGUAAGGGAGAUACUGGAAAAAACGGUUGGGAAGAGCUUUAUGCCUCAAGAUGCAUCCGAAGAAAUACCCAUCCUCUUUCACUGGCUGGCAUACUCUGGCCUUCCGGAGACCGAGGCUAGCCAGCUUGCUCCUCUGGCAUACGAAGCGGGAGCCCGUCUAGACACUCUCGGCAAGGUUCACACCAUCUUUCUGGGCAAUGAGCGUGAAAACGUGACACCAUUCCUCGCAUCUAUCUUGAGGGGCCGCCCUCUUGUGGCUCUUGCGAUUCUCGCGUUACACGAGGAACACAACGAGCCUAUUAUAGACUUCCCGGACGCUCUAUACUUUUCAUCAAUGUACUUCCAACACAAAAUCGCUAGGAAGAUGAUCUCCCUUUCCAAAGACAAGCCAUGGCUUUGCUUCAACGGGUCGCAUCGAUGGGACUGCACAACGAAAUUUCUUUCGAGUGUCGUGCGUUUCAUGACUCUUAAGCCUGGGGGUGACCAAAUAGCAGAGGCCGAACGAUUUGCUAUUCAUGGCGAGAACUAUCACUUAGCCAAGAACGAGACCGAGCGAUUACUCUUGCAGAGCGGAGCAGAACCGUCGCGCGAAGCCAUCGAAAAUGUCAUAUAUUACGACGACACCAACAGCCUUGAGAAGCUCCUUUGUCACUCAGGUCAUUCCGAAUUUCUCCAGCAUCUUGGAAGGAACUCUAUUGAGCUUGGACAACUUUGUAUAGAAUGGGGAGCCAUUGGUUGCUUCAAGUACCUCUUGGCCGAGAAUAUCAUUCCUGCUAGAAACGACAGUGGCGGUGGCAAACUCGUACAUUUCGCUACUUGGAAGCUUCCUGAAAGUAGAGAGUUUCUCUCCCGUCUUUUGGAGCAUGGUGCGGAUAUUAUGACUAUUGACGAUCAAGGCAUAACAACUUUACACUGGGCCAUGUGGCGACGAGACAUGGUUGCUGUAGAAAUGCUUUCUCGACACUGUUCUCAAGACCAGCUUGAUAAACUGCUCAGCCGGAAUCCCGAGACCGGUCGCUCAAUAUUCUCUGACCUUGUCAUGAAAGAUAUCUUUCGCAAUGGGUUAAGUGUACCUUUUGAAGGGCUAGAAUGGUUGGCGAACCGUGGUGCCGUACACUACAUGUAUCAUGGGACAGAUGCCAAGACUCAGAAGGAUUGGGCGUGGCCUGUCUGGCACAGCAUCGUCGAACAACCCAGGCCGACGACGAGAGCAACUCAGUUGACCCAGACGAAGUUGGUAUCGUUUUUACUAGGCUUGGAAGCAUUUUCGGAAAAGAUGAAGACCGAAAUGUGCUCAACUUGUCAGGAGCUAAUACUCCACCACGCGGCUUACAAUGGCCAUUCUGGCAUUGUACGACUGCUGCUUCAACACAAUUUCGACGUGAACGCGCCAUGUUACUCACUUAGGUGGCAAAGGAAUACUAAAAAGAUGACAGCCUUGGAUCUUGUAUGGUCAAGACUAAGAGACGGCGACAUUCCAAAAGAGUUUCAGGCGGCUGGUCGACUCGAAGUAGCCAAAUGGAACGAAUCCCUCAUCGAGAUCGUCGAACUUCUUGUUGCAGCUGGAGGGAAGGGGGAUUUCUUUUACUGGGAUCGAAGAUGGGCAGUUCAACAGGAGGUUUCGGAUAGCCAACCCUGGGGUUCGACGCUUCUUUUCAACGGCGGGCAGGCCGUGGUUGGGAGCUGGCCAGAGCCAUUGCCGCCGAGUGCUCCGUUGGUAGCGGAUGAAAGGCCCAAGGCACGAAAGAAAAAGUCUUCCAGUCGUAGAAACCAGACACUGCCUUACUUUGAUCGAAAGUAUCAGUUGCGAAAGGCCCAGAACGAUGAGGAAUGGAGAGCUCUGGAGCCCAGCGAUUCCGACUCGUCUGAGAGUAGCAUAGAAGACGAUCGCAGGAACUUGCCUAUUUUGUUUUGGACAGAACAAUAUUCUCCACGGGAAACCACCAAAGCUUUGUUUCUGAGCGGAAAACGUAAUCCGCAGGUUACUGGCGAUUCAACAAAGAGAGUUAAGGAAGCUUUGAUACAACUCCCUCGUUGGGUUCAGCCCGACUAUGUUGAAGGCCUAACGACACCGCUUCACAUCGCCGCCUUGAGAAACGAUGCUGCAAGUCUCAGGUCCAUUCUGGAAACUGGUGAUAUUCCAGUCAAUAUCGGCGAUGAGCUAGGAUUCACUGCGCUAAGCCUUGCGGCUUGCGAAGGUCACGAAGAGGCCGUUCGGGUUCUUUUUGAAAACGGAGCAGUUCUCGAUAAGCCAGCAUCGCACGGAUACUUUGAAGGAGGUCAAGCGAUACAUGUUUGUUCAUUUCUUUCCUUCACGAAGCCUUCUAUGAUUGAGCUCCUGCUUCAGCUAGGUGCCGACCCCAACUCCAAGACUCUCGUGAAGAAUGGCAGGAACCAUACGGCUUUGACUGGCUGUCUCGAUGAACAUGACAGGCCUGAGAUUGUCCAGGUACUUGUUGCCGGCGGUGCCAGUCUUGAGCCGUUUGCAGACCCGGAACAGAAUGCUCUUGCGGUCGCUGUAACCAACAGGCGAGUUGAGAGUCUCAAACUUCUUUUGUCCGUUUCGUCCAUUCCUUGGAGAGGGUUGAGAGGAAAAAGCCUAGUACAAUUUUCUUUGCUCUAUCCAAAGUAUGGUGAUUCGAUCGUGAAACUCCUAUUGGACUUUGCGGCUCAGCACCCUGAUUCCCCGCAUGCUGCACAAUUUCAAGUUAACGCAGGGGACAAUUCCAACUUGACCGCCCUAUCAUAUGCCGCGUUAAAGGGAAACGUCGCCGCCGUCAAGCUGUUGCUGGCACGGGGCGCAGAUAUUCAUGCAGUGGAUCAUAAAGGAUGGACUGCGCUGUUCUGGGCCGUAUGGGCGAGAAGCCCACAGGUCGUUGCGAUUUUGCUGAAGAAGGGGGCAAAUGUCCAUGCUGCUGAUGAAAAAGGGUUACAGCCCCUGAAUCACGUAUUGAAGAAUCGGAUGCCGAAGAAGGCAAACAAAGUCGGCAAGACUCUACUAGAGCAUGGCGCCAGCUUCAAUGACGCCAUCACCAUCGAGCAACUUCCUAAGGCUUUGAGCUGCGCCGCACAGAUUUGGCGACUAGACUAUAUACGAAUGCUGCUAGAUCGCGGCGCAGACGUCAAAGCACCUUCGAACAAAAACGGCUGGACAGCGCUGCUGGCUGCUUCGAAACAUGGUCAACUAGGUGUUGUAAGGCUAUUACUCGACCGCGGCGCAGAAGUCGACGCAUCCACUCGAAGAGGGAAAACAGCUCUGCACUUAGCCGCAGAGAAUGGAUAUCUGCAUGUUGUAAUGCUGUUGCUUGAUAAAGGCGCAAACAUCCUCGCUAUGGACGAUAAGGGACGCUCGGCAUUGUCCCUGGCGAUGGGCUCUGUCCACCGGAACGUCGUUGACUUCCUCAUUAACCACGGCGCUAAUUUGAGCUCGCGAACCCGAGAAGGAGACGAUGCUUUGUUCUGGGCAGCGUCAAGGGGCCGUUUGGAGACAGUAAAGCUUCUCGUUGCGAAGGGUUUGGAUGUCAACGCUGCCAACAGUGAUGGGAAAACGCCCUUGUUUGCUGCGGCGUGGAACGGCCAUAGAGAUCUUGUCAACUUCCUGCUUGACCAAGGGGCUAGCAUCAACCACAAGAACAAAAAGUCUUCUACCGCAAUUAUGGAAACGAUUGAUUCCAUGGCCGCAUAUGUCUUGGACUGUUUCAAUCGUGGCCGGGAGGGUAGAAAGGUCCCCCAUGCGCAUCAUCACGCGCUACUUGAUACGCUAGGGAUUCUGGUCUCACGAGGAGCUGAUAUGGCUGUACUCGACGAAUUUCGCUAUUUCAGAAGUGACCACAAGAAGAGGUUCAAGGCUGAAAGAAUUCGUAUGUGUGACGGCGAACGUGUGUUCUCAACAGUAUUUGUAGACGAGGAAGAUCAAACUCAAGCGAUUGCGGGGGUGGAAUGGAAUCCGUUGGAUGAGUUAGUUUCAGCCUAG